GCUCACCUUUGCUGAUCUGAACCGCUGAAGCUGCAGUGAAGAGAGAGCGGGGAUUUCAUCUCAAGCUGUGAAAUGCAUUAGAGGAAAUACAGUAAGAGGUGAUUCCAGUGAGCCCGAGCUGAUAUCAUCAUGGAUGGUCCUCAAUCUGGAAACGCCACAGCGGAGACGGACGAGCGCUUGAACACCGGCGAUGUUGAAGUCCGUGUGCGCAAGGCAUCCUGGGAACCCAGUGUUCUGUCCUCCAUUGGAAAGGAGAUCCAUUAUUUCGCCGGUCAUGAGAUCAACAUCUGGGAGUCUCUUGAUUCAUAUGGUUCUGUCAUCUGGCCAGCAGCUCUGGCUCUGUGUCACUACCUUGAAUCUAAUCGAGCGACGGUUGAUCUUCUUGACAAGGCCGUGCUGGAGAUCGGAUCCGGCACAGGUCUCGUGUCCAUCGUGGCCAGUCUGUUGGGUGCUUGGGUGACCGCAACGGACCUGCCGGAGGUACUCGGGAACCUCAGAUGCAAUCUGUCCAGAAACACGCGGGGCCGCUGCAGAUACACCCCGCAGGUGGCGGAGCUCUCGUGGGGUCAUGAGCUCGAGAAGACCUUCCCUCAUUCAGUCUACAGGUACGACUACAUCUUAGCAGCCGAUGUGGUCUAUCAUCAUGACUUCCUAGCGGAAUUACUGGUCACCAUGCAGCAUUUCUGCCAGCCCAGAACAACCCUCAUAUGGGCCAACAAGACCCGCUUUGGUUCAGAUCUGGUUUUUGUGGAGAACUUCAAAAAAACAUUCAACACCACCUUGCUGGCAGACAACGGAGAAGUUAAAAUUUACUCUGCCACCGUGAAAGAUGAAAGUGCACCAGUGACGUCAAAACAGACCGAAGGGGUUGCGAAGAAACAAGUCAAAGACGUUGACAAGAACGAGUCAAAGCCAGAGAUUAGGUCAGUGGUCAAACUGAUGGCUGUGGAACAGGUUAAAGAAAAUGAUCAUAAAGAUGUGCAAAGGAAACCAGGAUACGUUGUUAUGGAAAAUCGUGAGGAAACGUUAAAUUUGGAAGAUGGAAAUGAGGAGGACAACAUGGAUCUUGAAAGUAAGGACAGUGGAGACGGCCGCUCUGAGACGGAUUCAACAUUCGUAGAGCAGAAAUCAGAGAAUGAGAACGUGAGAUCAUUGGCACCGGCAAUUUACUACAGACCUGAGAAAGAAGUUUACCAUUUUUUGGGACAGAGAAUCACAAUCGAGGAGUCCAUCGAUUCUUACGGUGCUACUAUAUGGCCAGCGGCACUUGCACUUUGCCGAUUCUUGGAAACACCACAGGGUCGUCAACAGAUUGAUUUACUCGAUAAAUCAGUUCUUGAGCUUGGAGCUGGAACCGGCUUACUUUCAGUUGUCGUCACGCUGUUGGGUGCCAAACUAACAGCCACGGAUUUACCCGAGAUUCUGAGUAAACUCACAUGCAACCUCAACAGGAACACGAGAGGCCGGAGGAGGCACGAGCCCCAGGUAGCAGAACUCUCCUGGGGUCACAAGCUGGACGAGGCCUUCCCUAGAUCCACACACCAAUAUGAUUAUGUGUUGGCGACUGAUGUGGUGUAUCACCACGACUUCUUGGCCGAGCUACUGGUCACCAUGCGCCACUUCUGCCAGCCGGGAACUACUCUAGUCUGGGCGAACAACGUCCGCUUUGCCUCGGAUCUCGGCUUCAUCGACAACUUCCACCGAUAUUUUGAUAUCGCACUGCUUGAAGAGUUGGAUGAUGUGAGGAUUUACGUGGCAACCAGCAAGAUAUCAGAGAAGGACGAUGACAAGGUUCAAGAGACUAGCGAGGAAGUGGAGGACAAUGGUGACCUUGAGUCAAGCAAGCGGGACGCUGGGGAACCGAACUCUAUGAGCGAGACAGGAGACAAUGCAGAGGAACUGGAACAAGAGCAGGAGUCUGACGAUACUCAGAGUUUAGAAAACGACACGAAGGAGAAACAAGUACAGGAAGAAGUCCAGGACUCUGGAAGAUUUGGGGAGGAAGAAGCUGAACCGGACAUCACAGAAACACCUAAACAGAGAACCUGGGCUCCCACUGUCUACUACAGUAAUGGCAAGGAAACCUACUCCUUUCUAGGUCAUGAAAUCAGGAUUCAGGAAACCGUAGACCAUUAUGGCAGUACGGUAUGGCCAGCGGCAUUGGCCCUUUGCCGAUUCCUGGAUACCCCGACAGGCCGACAGCAGAUCAAUCUCCUCGACAAACUGACCCUGGAGCUCGGAGCGGGAACGGGUCUUCUCUCGAUAGUUGCCACACUUCUGGGUGCUAAACUAACGGCCACGGAUCUCCCAGAAAUCCUUGGCAAUCUGAGGUCCAACUUGAACCGGAACACCAGGCAUCAUUGGAGACACGAGCCUCGGGUUACAGCGUUGGCUUGGGGUUACAAACUGGAGGAGACGUUUCCCCGCUCCACACACCACUACGAUUACGUGUUGGCCGCCGAUGUGGUCUAUCACCACGACUAUCUCCCCGAGCUCCUCGUCACCAUGCGCCACUUCUGCGGCCCGAAGACCACGCUGAUCUUCGCAAACAAGGUCCGGUAUCAGGCCGACCUGGUGUUUAUAGGGGACUUUCAGAAAGCUUUUAGCACUACAUUGCUGACAGAGAUGGAUGAGGUGAGGAUUUACUCGGCUACCAUGAGAAUCUGAUGACUUUAUGCACCACUUUAAGAAGGCUUUCCAAACGACACUGCCGGCACAGGUAGAGAAGCAUGUCUGCGAUCCAACGCCAUUCACACUGCAGACAAUUCACUUUUGCUUUUAGAAACAAUAUUUAGGGCUGACUGUGAACACUUUUUAACACAUUUAUAAAUCAUCAAAUCAGCAUUUUUAGGGAAUGUAAUGAAGACUCUGGCCAUAACCUUCAACAACGAUAUAGCAGCGUAAUAAUAAUAAUAGGACUGUACAAAUACAACUGACAUGUUGUGAUUGACACAAUCCUUUGAAUCAGAAAUUUUAGAUUUGGAAUCGAAUAAAAAUAAUAAAAGUAAAUUUCCAACUCAAAUCAACUUGUGGUUUUGAAUAACAAAAAAUGUAUUUAAUGUUUUUGCCGUGUACACUACUGUAUAUAUGUGUGUGUUUUUAUAGAUUCCAGUAUGAACAGACUGAAAUUUAAGUCACGUUUGGAAAGGGAGGAAACCCAGAAUUAAAUUGGUUUUAUAUAAUGUUUGUUAUGUAAUUUAGAACAAUGUUUUGCAGUGGGUUUGUGUUUUAAUUUUUUAUUAUUAUUUUCAUAUAGCGAUUGUAUAAGAUUUAUCAUUGUCAAAGGUAUAAAAAUUGAUUAUUUGGUUUGUUAAUUUUUUUAAUUCAAUCAAUAUAUAUUUUUUUUAAUUAUUUUAGUGUUUUACAUGGAGCAUUUGUGCAUUUCCCUAUACUGAUGUUCUUUUUUUUUUUGAUAAAUAUAAAGAAAAACGCUAAACAAAGAAAAUUAUGAAAUAUUGUUUAGCACAUU